UCAUCAACAAGUUCUAGGGCUCGGCUGUUGAUCACAACUUCUUUCAGCAGCAAACAAAAGAAGCUGCGCAGCAACAGCACUAGGGCUUCUCCUACACAACUCAUUCACAACUAGCACAAAUGGCAUUUGGAGACCGAGGUGGACGUGGUGGCGGCGGCGGACGCGGAAGGGGAGGCUUCGGUGGUGACCGUGGAGGACGAGGAGGCGGCCGUGGUGGUGGACGCGGCGCUCCCCGUGGCCGUGGUGCUCCCGGUGGCCGUGGUGGACGCCGUGGUGGUGCCCGCGGCGGCGCCAAGGGCGGAUCCAACGUUAUCGUCAAGCCUCACAGGCACGCCGGCAUCUUCAUCGCAGAGGGCAAGGAGCACCUCCUCGUUACCCGCAACAUCGCCCCUGGAGAGUCGGUCUACGGCGAGAAGCGCAUCAGCGUCGAGUCGGCGCCCACGGAGGAGGGAGCUGCCCCGCAGAAGGUCGAGUACCGCGUAUGGAACCCGUUCCGCUCCAAGCUGGCGGCUGGUGUCCUCGGUGGUCUGGACCAUAUCCACAUUGGCCCGGGAUCCAAGGUCCUUUACCUCGGUGCUGCCUCUGCGGACGUCGUUGGACCCGAGGGAACAGUCUACGCCGUCGAGUUCUCACACCGCUCUGGACGCGACCUCAUCGGCAUGGCAAAGAAGCGUACCAACGUCAUCCCCAUCAUCGAGGACGCUCGUCACCCGCAAAAGUACCGCCUUCUUCUCCCCAUGGUGGACACGAUCUUUGCCGAUGUAGCCCAGCCCGACCAGGCCCGUAUCGUGGCUCUGAACGCCAGCCACUUCCUCAAGAACGGCGGGCACGCAGUCAUCUCAAUCAAGGCAAGCUGUAUCGACUCGACGGCGGUACCGGAGGCGGUGUACGCUGGUGAGGUCAAGAAGCUGCAGGAGGCCGAGUUCAAGCCGAGGGAGCAAUUGACCCUCGAGCCGUAUGAGAGAGAUCACGCUAUGCUUGUUGCGACGUUCAGGCCCAACGCGGUGGCUAAGUGA